CCUCCGCAGCCUUCAGUUUCCCUUUCUCUGGCGAGAUGGAGUCAGCAAGGCCAUUGCAACCGCAAUCUUCAAAGAUCUGCGUCAUCGCUGCAGCGGUUUCUCUUGUCUUCGCCUCGCUCGCCCAUGCAUUCAUCCCCUCUACUCCCACCUCCCCCCUCUACCCGCUGCCCUCCCUCCCCCACACACACUCGAGGCGCUUCCGCCCCGUGGCUCUCCCCCACAGCCAGGUACCCUCCACACACACAGCCCCUUCCCGGCCAGCCGAGGAGGUGCAUCCGAUAGAGGUGGAGGCCUGGGGGUCAGAGCCCGACCAGAUCGACGACAUGGACGACGAGUUCCGGGAGAUCCUGGACAGGACCGAGGCCGCCGAGCGGCAGCUGCCUGAGGCCGAGGACAAGUACGCCAAUGAGGCCUACGACGAGCUGAUAGAGCGGGUGGCGGCGACGCCUGACCAUGAGCUGGAGGUGGUGGCCAGCGCCAACUUCCAGUACCUGUGGCGGGAGGACUGGUACCUGCGGGUGUGCGAGUACACUCGGCUGUUCGAGAGGGACAAGAAGGAGGCCUUUGUACGCAAGGCCAACAAGGUGUGGAGUCUCGUGUCCGCAAUGCUCGCUGAAGCCCUCGAACCCGAAGACAACGUCAAACAGGUCAAUCGCUAGGGAGCUGUGGACCAUCCUCUGUUCCCUUUGCUCGUAUGUGCGUGUGUGUCAUGUUUGUCAGGUGGUGUCAGCCAUCCUCAAGGAGACGCUGGUGGGGCUGGGUGAGUUCCCCCCUCUCCCUUUGGACCCACCAGCUGACCGCCGGCUCCGCAGCUACGUGCAGCGCAAUGUGGGCCGCAUGAACGAGCCCUUCAUCGAGAUACUCGUCAAGUGGAUCACACGGGCCGCCACACACAAUACCGAAGGCGACGAGCGCAAGGUACAGCUGCUUCAGCGUGUGCUGCGGCAGUGGGCGGCGGAGGCGACGAUGGAGACGGUCGACAAGCUCGUGUCGGCUGACCCCUACGGCCUGCCGGCCACGAGCGGCGUCAGCAGAGUCAUCCGAUGGCUCACAGACAGGGACCUGGUUGAUCGACGGAGAGGGGCAGAGGGAGUGGAGGAAAGUAGUGUGUUGGAUGGGGUCAAGGCGGACGAGGUUGAGAGGGCGCUGCAGGUGCUGCAGAGCAACCUGACGCUGAGGUACCGGCUGGGGUCGGUUGCGCAGAAGGUGCACUCGGAGUAUGUCAGAGAGCUUAUGGGGGCCGUCAGGCAGACAGUCGGCGAGGCUACGGGUAUCCAAGAGACUGCUGCAUGAGCCCGUAUAUAUGGGUGUGUGAGUGCGUGACUCGAUGGACGCAUCAACACGACCUUCACA